AUGUCAAAUGAUUCCUUCACAAUUCCAAAAUAUUCAUAUACUGCAAACUUAUUAACUUAUUUGAAUAUAGAACAGUUAUCAUAUACAACCAGAAGCUUAAUUAUUGAAGAUGUUCCAUCUAUAUGGUAUGAUGAAAAAUCAAUAUUAAUAACAAGUUAUUUAAAACAAAAGGUCAAGGAUAAAUUUAAAGAUUCAAACAAUAUAAUCAAGAGUUUUAUAGUCUCAGAUGAUGAAAAGGAUCAUUUAUUUGUAAAUAAACGAAAUGAAAUAAUGGUUAAUUUAUACUCAGCUCAUUCAAAUGAAAAACGCACGGUUCCAACAAUAGCAAUAGAUGAAACAACAAUAAAUAAUGAUGAACAAACAUUAAUAAGUUCUGAUAAUUCCAAUGCUGGUCAUUUACAAGUUGAGGAACCACAACCAAGUAUAUUAAAUCAAAAUCAACAAGAAUUACUAAAAGAAAGAACACAUUUCACUAAUCUGCUAAGAAAAUUUGCUCGUAAAUCAAAAGGGAAGGCAAAGAAUAAAAGUUCAAGAUUAAUUUCAUCAAUCUUAAAAGCUUAUGAAGUUGGUGAGAUAUUACAAUGUCACAAAGUGUUACUUAUAGUUAAAAAAAAUGAAGAAGAAGAGAAUAGAAUAUAUGAUAGAUGGAAAGAAACAUAUAUUGUCCUUCGAAAAAAAACAACGGAAUCAAUAGAGAUACAAUUUUAUGAAUCUGAAAAGGACAUAAAUGACAAAUCACCAAAAUUAAAAUUCAAUCUUAAAAAUAACAAUUUAGGGAUUUAUAACAAUUUAGAUAAAUCUAUCUUUCUUAAGCAGGAUCAAUUUAAGUACAUUUUUAAAUUUAGGAAUUCUAAACAGGGUAUGAAUUGGUUAUUAUUCAUUCAGCAGAAUUUGAAUUACAUUUUAGAUCACCAUUUUGAAAUAUACCUCCCAGACAAGCACAAGUAUAUUGAAAUAAACAUACCAACCGCCAUAAUUCAAAAUUGUUUCUCAGGGUCAAAAUCAAUGGGUAUCAAAAUUAGGGAUUAUGAUUAUGAGAUAGAGUAUGAUUUAUUAAUUCAGUAUUUAAAAGAUGUGAUUUAUGACAAAUUUGGGAUAUACCAUGAUUAUUACUUUUGUUUUAAGGAUUAUGAUCGUUUAGAAUUCAUAGAGAACAACUCCCAGCAAUUCCUAGUUUCAAAAUUGUUGAAUUCAGAACGUAUUAAAUUAGAAUAUAGGAAAUUGGAUUUCUGUUCACUAUUUAAUAAACCAUUACCAAUUGAGGGAUUCCUAUCUAGAUUAACAAAUACAUUGGGUACUGAAAAUCAUGGCCUCAACAAGUUUUAUAAGAUCUGUUACUGUUUUACAAAUGAGAAUUUAAUGUUUUAUACUAAAUAUUAUAAGAUCCUAUCACCUCCAAAGAAUAAAAAAAUAUAUGAAAUGGAUAGAGAUGGACAUAUAGACUGGUUGAGUUCUAAUUUUGAAGAAAUGGAUCAAGUAGCAACGAAUGAAUCAAUAAGAAAAACUCAAUUGAUUUUAAAAGCUGAUGGAGUAAUUGAUCUCACCAAGAUUGAAAAUAUAGAACCAGUACCACAAGAACAAUUAACACAAGCUCAAAAGGUUCUAUUUUCAACAUUGUGGUAUUCUAAAAUAGUAGAGGACGAAUCAAUCAUUGACAAUUGUUUUCAAAUCAAAAUGGAAAAUAAAUCAAUUAUAAAAUUACAAGCUCCAAAUAAAUGCACACGAGAUCUAUGGAUGGAUAAAUUAUCGAAAUUAGUCAAAUAUUGGAAGGAGAAACAGCAACAGGAUUUAUACGAUCAAUUGGAGAUAAGGUAUCAUAAUAUUCAAAAUAUGAAAUGUUCAAGAUACAUAGAUUCAAAUCCCACAGAAACAAACACACUUGAGCUAGAUUACAUAUCAUCAGUAAACUACAGGCAACUCCCCAGUUUAUCAGAAGUAUUACACAGUGGCUUUUUGUAUCUUAAGAAUAAAAAACAUUCAAAUUUCAAUUCCUAUUUUUGCAUAUUAACACCUGGAUUCUUAAUCAUUUAUCACACCUACAAGAGAUCAAAAAGUACUGGUACUUGGAAAAGAUCUAAUUUCUUUGAACACUAUGUGACUAUUCCAUUGCAUGAGUGUUAUAUUUAUACGGGUGAGUUGCUGAGGCUAGAUAUGUUAGAUUUGAAGAAUGACGUAGAUGGAACUCCAAGAUUGUUAUCUGAUGGAUGGAGAUCACUUGAAGAGAAUAAUGAAUUAGUGUUUACUUUAUGGUUCGGCAAGAAGAGAAAUAUAAGUCAUUUUAAAGCACCGCCUGAUUCUGAAAGAGAAGCUAAUCCAGGAUUAGGUAGUAUUGUUCGUAAGAUGGGUAUUACUGGUAAAUCAUUGAUAUUUUUAUGUAAUAGACGACAAGAUAGGGAUGCAUGGGUUAGAAAAAUAUUAAAUGAAAUUGAUAAAUAUAAUUAA